AACUCUCUUCUUGCUCUUCCAAUCCAUUCCAUGGCCUCUCCUCCAAUUCCCAAUUCUCUCCUCUUUCACAAAACCUUUCACUCCUCUGCUCGCACAUUCCGUUCAUGGCGGGUCUAUGCAUCUCAAGCUCCAAACAACGACCCCCAGAGACGACCUCCACCGGGAGUCGACACGAGAAUUCAUUGGCAAAACCAAGAAGAAGGUUGGAUUGGAGGCCACAAGAAGGAGACUAAGGUUCAUGACAAUAAAACGUUAGGUCCAAGUUUGGCUGACUUGCUCAACAACUCAUCUGAUUCUCACUACCAGUUCUUAGGAGUGGGAGCUGAGGCAGAGCUAGAAGAGAUAAAAAGUGCAUACCGGAGAUUAUCGAAAGAAUACCAUCCAGACACAACUUCUCUCCCUCUAAAGGUAGCGUCUGAGAAAUUCAUGAAGCUAAAACAAGUGUAUGAGGUCCUGAGCAACGAAGAAAGCCGCAAGUUCUACGACUGGACACUUGCGCAAGAAGAGGCAAGCCGCCAAGCUGAAAAAUUGAGGAUUAAGUUGGAAGAUCCUUACGAGCAAGAGCUGCAAAACUGGAAAUCAACUCCGGACAUGGUGGAUCGUCUUGGAGGAAGGAACAUGGAGUUGAGUGAUCAAGCCACCACAGCUCUUACCUUGGAUAUCUUCAUCAUUCUUUUUGCUAUAGCCUGCAUUGUUUAUGUCCUCCUUUUUAAAGAACCAUAUUAUUAUUGAUGUUAGAGAAUCCACCAUUAAAGAUGAACAAAAAAUAUAUAGCAAAAGAAAUUGACACAGGUGUUUACGUGGUUCACUGACAGUU